AUGCGGCGUCGCCAAUCAUCAGGAAUAUUUAAAUGCAAAAUGAUUCACAUUCGCGUCCUGCUGUGUAUGGCCGUUUUAUCAGUCGCACAAUGUCACCAGAUUCACGAACACAUGACGGCAGAAGAAAGGCUGUCGGUAUUCCACCAAACGACUGAUGAGAUCGUGCCGACGUAUCAAGUGGUCCCCAUUUUGCACUCGGUAUUCAAGAGAAGCCCGGAAGUGGAGCCUGAGGUCCACUUUAAGGUGUUCGGUCAGGAGUACCAAUUGUCCCUGAAGCCAACAGAAAGACUCUUUUCUCCUGACAAACACAUCGACAUGUGGACAGUCAUUAAGAAUAGCUCCAGUCCUAAUGGACUCGACUACGAACAAGAAGGAGACAUUGGCUCUGAGUUAGUGAUCCGACCACUCUCGAGCCGAUUAAAUGAAAUAGUAAGUAAACAUGAUGUGUAUCACGAGCCUAAUUUACUGCCAAAUGUUACAAGAGUAAAGAGAAGUCUCAGUCAAACACAUCAUCACAUUGUGUAUAAACGCACGAGUCGGCCUGUCUCCGAUGAAUAUAAUGAUUUCGCUUUUAUGGAACCGGACCACCUAGCUAAGAGGUUCAGGUCGAAGAGAUCAAUUAACUCGAGAACGGAAUAUUCUUCACCACCGCCUGAUGUUAUUUAUCCGGAAAUAUUAUGUAUUGUUGAUUACGAAGGCUACAGAAUGCACGGAGGAGAUAAUUUGCAAAUAAAAAAAUACUUUGUGGCCUUUUGGAACGGAGUUGACCUGAGAUAUAAGUCGUUGAAGGGACCAAAAAUACGUAUUAGUAUUGCCGGAAUUAUUAUCUCGAGGGGAAGGGACGCAACACCGUACUUGGAAAAUAAUCGUGUAGGACGUGAUGCCAUCGACUCAGCAGCAGCACUUACCGACAUGGGCAAAUAUCUCUUCCGGGAGAGAAGACUUCCGGUUUACGAUAUUGCCGUAGCAGUGACAAAAUUAGAUAUGUGCAGGAGACAACAUACUAAUGCCGUAUGCAAUAGAGGAACUGCAGGAUUCGCUUAUGUGGGUGGUGCUUGUGUUGUUAACAAGCGUCUGGAGAAGGUCAAUUCAGUUGCUAUUAUCGAGGACACCGGCGGAUUUAGUGGAAUAAUCGUCGCCGCUCACGAAGUCGGUCAUUUGCUGGGUGCUGUACAUGAUGGUUCACCGCCUCCAAGCUACCUCGGUGGACCAGGUGCUAUCAAAUGCCGAUGGGAGGACGGUUAUAUCAUGAGUGAUCUUCGACACACCGAGAAAGGAUUUAAAUGGUCCCACUGCAGUGUCGCAUCUUUUCAUCACUUCCUUAACGGAGAUACGGCGACCUGCUUGACAAACGUACCGCAUGAAGACGAAAAACUGUCGCGAGUAUUACCCGGUACAUUAUUGUCAUUAGAUGCACAAUGUCGCAAGGACCGUGGCACGAGUGCAUGUUUCAGAGACAACAGAGUUUGUGCUCAAUUAUUUUGCUUUGACGCGCUCUCUGGUUACUGUGUUGCGUACAGACCUGCUGCAGAAGGCUCUUCAUGUGGGGAUGGACAGCAUUGCUUAAAUGGUCAAUGUGUAGCAGAACACGAAAAUAUUAUUCCCGAUUACACGCAAAAUAUUCCCUCGUAUGUCCGUCAUGACGGUGUUUACAACAAUGCAAUUCAUAGCCGUCCUUUUUCACAGUAUAAUCAUACAGACUACAGGUAUCAGUGGGAAUCGACAACACAAAACAUACAACAUACAAUAUUACCUAAUAAUUAUAAUGUUUAUGAUAAUACGUUGAAUAAUGAAGUAAACCCGUACGUACGUAAAAAAUAUCCAAAUUCAGUGACUACAUCCACUGCUACUCAAGACGAAAAUCAUCGACCGAGUACAGGUCGUGAAACCGAGGACGGUGAGUGUGUGGAUACGGCGACAAAUUGCGCGGAGCAGAUUGACAGGCUGAGAACGUGGCUGUGCCAUCUACCAACUGUGAAAAUUCGCUGCUGCGCCUCCCUUAAAGGCAUUUGCAGAUAG